GCCCCGCCCCUUAUUUAACAAAAAGCUACUUCCACAUUGCUCCAUCACCAGAACUGCGGAUCAUCCCACAGAGAGCAGAAAGCAAUCCUUCAACGCAGCAUUUAAACUUCACAGCAUCGAAAUGGAGCGAGGCCUGAGCCUGCUGAUUGCCGCAGUGAUGCUUUUUGUGGCUCCGGGGGUCCAAGCAGCAGACAGUUUCUCAUUUGCCACUAAUGCAACGGUAAACAUUACAAAGACAGGUUGCGGGAUUAGUAAGCUGUGCAUACAGACCCCAGACAACUGUGACCCUGCUGGGAACAGCAGCUGUUUCUUUGGAUCAGUGGCUGCAGGCAACACUACAGCUCCUAACGGCACCGAGCUGAUGUUCCAGCUCAGUGGGAACUCCACUGGGUACAUCGCACUGGGGCUCACCGCCAAUGCAACCCAGGGUACCACUGCGCUUUACAUCUGUGCUCAGAACAGCUCUAACAAUGCUUCAUUCGUCUUCGCGGCUCGGCAGAGAAACAACAUCAACAACAACACACUCUCUACAUUUAAUUCGACUGUGACAAAGAUACGAGGCCAGGUAGUCAAUGGAAAGAUCCAGUGUGAGUUCAGUGUCCCCAAUUUGAAUGCCACCAACACCAGGAGCGCUGAUUCUACCACUUAUGUUGUCAUCCUUGGGUCUGGACCAUUGACUGGAAGCAAUUUUGGGGCCUUCACAGCUAGCAAAACCACCGAUCCUCUGAACCUCGCCAACCCAAGCGCCAAUGUUGCAAACGCCACCACAACCACCACCGCCACCAACACCACCACCGCAUCACCUUCUACGACAAAAAAUUCAGCCAGUGGCGCUCUUCACAGUCAUGCUUUGACACUCCUGCUAACUGUCCUCAUGCUGUUCGUCCUGAAGACAGCCUGAAAGAGUGCAGAGAGGAAGAACCUGUGACCCGGUGAAGAUGACUGGUUUGCAAAGCCAGAAAAUCUGAGUGUCAAGCUAUUUAUGACAUGUUUACUGAACUAAUAGUGAAAUGUUUUAUGUUUCCUUUGCACUUUUUGUAUCUAUUGAAUUUGAAGAUGUUAUGUUGUUCAGUUUCAAAGUAAUUGUGUGGAUUUAGUCACCAAAUAUAUAUAUAUAUAUUUUUUUUUUUUAUAUUCAUGCAUGUGACUUACAUACACACACCUACAAGUAAGCAUACUUAGACAAAUGGCAAGAUGGUUUUGUUUAACAGAUAUGUGUACUGAUUGUAGAUUAUCUUUUAAAAGAUAAACUUACUGAAACUGAAGCUAAUUAUAAUAAAGUUAAACUAUGGUCUUAUCUCAUGAGCUGCAUCUCUGGACACGGUACAGUGAAAUCAACAAAUCCUAUCCCCUAAGAUACAGUGUGACAAUCUUUCCUGGUGGUGAUGAGGGUGUGACUGAUGUCUAAAUGAACCUCAUCUGGUUAAAUCGAGA